AUGGCUUCGCGACCUACCGUCUCCAUCAUCGGCAAAGAUGGUGCUCCUACUGGAGCUACCCACCCCAUUCCCGCCGUCUUCACCAGCCCGAUCCGACCGGACAUUGUGCAGCGGGUUCACACUGGCAUGGCCAAAAACAAGCGCCAGCCUUAUGCUGUGAGCGAGAAGGCGGGUCACCAGACUUCCGCUGAGUCUUGGGGAACUGGACGUGCUGUUGCUCGUAUUCCCCGUGUCUCUGGUGGCGGUACCCACCGUGCUGGUCAAGCCGCUUUCGGCAACAUGUGUCGAUCCGGCCGUAUGUUCGCACCUACCAAGAUCUGGCGCAAGUGGCACGUCAAGGUGAACCAGGGCCAAAAGCGUUACGCUACCUGCUCUGCCCUGGCCGCUUCCGCUGCCGCCCCCCUCCUGAUGGCCCGCGGCCACGAAAUCAUGAGCGUCGCCGAGGUUCCCCUCGUCGUCGACUCUACUCUGUUCGAGGGCGCGGCCAUCACCCGCACCGCCCCCGCUUUGGCUCUCCUCAAAGCCGUCGGUGCUGGCCCCGAUCUCGACAAGGUCAAGCACUCCAAGAAGCUCCGCGCCGGCAAGGGCAAGCUCCGCGGUCGCCGCCACCGCCAGCGCCGCGGCCCCCUGGUCGUCUACAACCCCGAGGUUGACGGCAAGGAGCUCGUCACGGCCUUCCGCAACAUCCCCGGGGUGGAGACCUCCCCCGUCAGCGCCCUCAACCUCCUCCAGCUCGCCCCAGGUGGUCAUCUCGGCCGCUUCAUCAUCUGGACCUCUGCCGCCUUCAAGGCCCUCGACGACAUCUACGGCUCCACCACCGAGGCCUCGUCCCACAAGCGCGACUUCUUCCUGCCCUCCAACGUUGUCUCCCAGGCCGAUCUCACCCGCCUGAUCAACUCUUCUGAAAUCCAGAGCUCCCUCAACGCCCCCAAGGGCGAAGCCGUCACGCGCCGCUCUGCCGUCCAGAAGAAGAACCCUCUGCGCAACAAGCAGGUCAUGCUGCGCCUGAACCCCUACGCCUCUGUUUUCUCCAAAGAGUCUCAAAAGAAGCAGGAGUAA